ACAAAUAAAAGUAUGAAUCAAACAUUACUGGAAAUAAUCACUGUAAAUAUUUUACCCCAAACUUUUCAUCUAUAGAAAUGCAUAUUUAAAAAAAUUGGAGCCAUAAUACAUGAACAGGUUAGGGGUCUUCAUAUUUUAGUCUUCUUGAAAAAUUUCUAUUACAUUUCUGGUAAAAUGGACAAGCUCUGACUUACUCCAGCUAACUACAUCAGCUUGUCCUACUACCCACCUGUGGGCCUGUUCCAACUCAAAACAUAUGAUGGCAGCUCACUGCUGAGCUUGGUGGUGGUUUCCCAGUUCUGCAGUUUCUUUGACCUCAGCUCCUAGCAGCUCUGAACAUCCAAGACAACAAGCUCAGACUGCCCUAGAAGCUGGCAAGGAUUUUGGCAACAGAAAACACACUUAAAAAAUAAAUUAAAUCAAUCAAUCAAUAAAUAAAAGAUGCCGUGAGAAUGUGUGCAAUCUGAAAGUUAUUAAUUGAAUGCUUAGGAGUGAUUACUUCUUCUUGGCCAAAGGCAAGUUUGCCAAGGAAAUGGACACUUUAGAUAUAGAUCAGCUCUGAUGUCCACAUUUACACCCCAGGCCACCAAGCAAACAAUCCUAAUCCAGCAUAUUACCUGUGGCAAUAACCUGGAGAUGUCUCCUGUCGCGUGGGCUGCAGAGAGCUGCUGGGGUGCAUUAGGCAUAAGGUGACCCCAUUAGUUAACUCCCAGAAGGCAGAGAAGGACCGUCCUUAACAGCACAGCAUAGUGGUGAAGAGCUCACAGCUCAAACCCAGCUCUGGGUUUUUGGAUGAAUUAUGUCACUUCCUUGUGCUUAAGUCCUUUUCAUCCUUUAUUUGAUAAAAUGCAGAUGAUACUGAAUAGUCUUACUGUGAGAAUUAAAUAAGAUGAAGCUUUCAGACUAGUGCCUAGAUGGCUCUUUGCAUAUUAUCAUUAACAACUUGUUAACCACAUUCUUUCCUCCAGGGAAGGAAAGGAAAGGCUUGUCCAUGAUUUUAAACCAGGUCUCCACUCCCCUGCCCCUCUAGUGAAAAUGUGAUAGAGGUGGCCUUAAAAAUUUUUGCAUGAUUGGGACACCUGAGUGGUUCAGUUGGUUAAGUGUCAGACUCGUGAUUUCCUAUCAGGUCAGGAUCUCAGCGUCCUAACAUCAAACCCUGGUUAGGGCUCUAUGCUCAGUGUGGAGUCUCCUUGAGAUUCUCUUCCCCUCUCUCUGCUCCUCACCCUGUUUGUGCGAGCAUGCAGGAGUGCAUACUUUUUAAAAAAUUUUUUUAAGUUUUGCAUAAUUGUAGGAAAUAGUGAAAAAUCCAGUUUGAAAGAAAAAUAAAAAUAGUUUGCCCAUUUGAAAUCGGCAGGGUAAGGAGCAGCCAUGGAACAAGUGGACUCUACAGUGGUCCCAUUAUGCCAUCUAGUGGACAGCAAAGGAAAGGCAUGAUUUUAUCUUCAAAGGUAGUAACUUACCCAAAACAUGUAUAUUGAUGAGGAUAAAAACUCACUAAUAGGUUCACAUGUCAAUAAAUUUCAUUCAAUUUUUAAAUCAACAUAAAAGUUCAGAGUUCUAUACACUAAGUGCUAAAAUUAAAUUCUCAAAACCACUUAGGAGUUAUGUGAUGUAUGCUAGAAAGAUCAUCCACUGAAGGAAAAGAGAAUACACACCAGACCUUACUAGCAUGAAUUUUCACAGCCCACCUUGCCCAUUCUUCUUAUCCUUCUCCACCAACAUUCUUCAUGCUUAUUCUGGUACAUAUACUUGGAGUGCCCCCAGAGACUCAGAGUGUACCUACUCAACGCACCACUAGCCCUUGAUUGGUACCAGAGCCAUUCUGCUCAUUUUCCAAGAAUGCAACUAUCACUUAAAAUUUUGCUGUAAUCGGCCAGAGCCACCUCUGCCAGCAACAUGUUCAAGGUAAUUCAGAGGGCUGUGGGACCGGCCAGCCUGAGUCUGCUCACCUUCAAAGUCUAUGCGUCACCUAAAAAGGACUCACCUCACAAAGCUUCUGUGAAGGUUAAUGAGCUUUCACUCUACUCGGUUCCUGAGGGUCAGUCUAAAUAUGUGGAAGAGCCAAGGACCCCACUUGAGGAAAGCAUUUCACAUCUCCGACAUUAUUGCGAGCCGUAUAAAAGUUGGUGUCAGGAAAUGUACUCCCAAACUAAGCCCAAGAUGCAGAGCUUGGGUCAAUGGGGGUUAGGCAGCUAUGAAUAUCUCCAAAAUGCACCUCCUGGAUUUUUUCCAAGACUUGGUGUUAUUGGUUUUGCUGGCAUUGUUGGACUUCUUUUGGCUAGAGGCUCAAAAAUAAAGAAGCUGGUAUAUCUGCCUGGAUUCAUGGGACUUGCUGCCUCUCUUUAUUACCCACAACAAGCCAUCGUAUUUGUCCAGGUCAGUGCGGAGAAAUUAUAUGACUGGGGUUUACGAGGAUACAUAGUCACAGAAGAUUUGUGGAAGGAGAACUUUCAAAAGCCAGGAAAUGUGAAGAAUUCACCUGGAAAUAAAUAGAAUGCUGCAUGCUCUGCCCAUUUUAAUCAGAUAUAGGUAAACAUUGGAAACUCCAUGGGGUAAACCAAUAUUUCUACAGAAAAAUGGCAGAGAAGUCAGUACCGAAUGUAGUAAAUUGGCUUUCUUCUUCAGGAUAAACUAUGCUAGGCUUCUUUGUUAUCUUGGGUGAUACCAUACUACAAGUGGACUAAUCGAAAAUCCUUUCACCUAGAGAGAAUGUCUAGCCUCAGAACUUGUUCUCAUGUUGUUAUUUAUGUACAUAACUAAAAUUCCAAAUUAAAAAAAAAUUUGCUGUAAUCAAAUUGACUGUUUUUCGAGGACCCAUGUGUUUGGUUUUGUUUUUCGCGCGCGCGUGUGUGUGCGCGCACGCGUGC